AUGCCCGGAAUGUACUUCAACGGAGACGCCAAAUCUUCCAGAGUCUCCCACUAUAACUGCAAGCACGUCAACCGUCCCAACUACAUCCUCAACUACCACUCCUACUACCACAUCAACUACUUCAACCACUACUCCUACCAUAAUCCUGUCACCACGCCGACAACAGCACCAGGGUCUACUGUCACUGUGACUGUGACAACCACUGCUCCAGGGCCCACGGAGACUGACACAGUUGUCACAACUGUCAGCUUGCCAGGCACUACAGGAACAGACACCAUCACUAGCACGGUCACCAUUCCAGGAACUACAGAGCCCGAUACUGUCACUACAACGAUCAGCCUACCAGGUACCACAAUUACAGCCACUGAAGGUUCAACCUCGACCAUUACUGUCACGGCCACCACAACACAGCCAGGGACUACGUAUACUGCGACUCCAGGCAAUGGACUAACCAGCACCACCACAGUAACGAUUCCUGCUGAAGGUGGAACAACUGUGACCUCGACUCUGACAGUGACCAGCGGGGGCACCGGCACAGUCACUGAGACCUUGACUGUGACCCAGGAUAAUACUAAGACAGUGACUUUGCCCACGACGACAGUGACUGACACAGCCACCGUCACAGAAACCGCAACUACAUCGGUAACAGUCCCAGGGUCUACUAUAACCAUCCCUGGUUCAACAGUAACGGACACAACUACAUUGACUGAGAGGACCACCCAAACAGUCACUAUUUCUGGGGUCACAGUAACAGAUACUGCGAUAGUAACUCAAACCUCAAUGGCAACAGUCACUAAUCCUGGAUCAACAGUCACUGACACAACGACAUUGACUGAGGUCUCAACCUCGACAGUCACCAACCCAGGGGCGACAGUGACGGACACAACUACUAUGACAGAGGGUACUACCCAAAUCAUUAGCCAGAUUUUAACGACGACGGCCACGGAGACCGUCGUCUUGCCUGGGACAACCGUCAUAGAUUCGAAGACCAUUACCCUACCUGGAACAACACUAAUCAACUCAGAAACUGUGACUGCUCCCGGCACAACAGUCAUAGAAUCCAAGACUAUCACGAUCCCUGGCUCAACAGUGACGAAUAUCAGAACAAUCACUGAAUCAGGGACAACAAUGACAGUCUCUGAGGUAGUCACUCUUCCUGGUUCUACAGUCACUACCGUAGAGACAUUUUUGACUACUCUCCCUGGAUCAACGAUUCUUACGACUAUCACUGAGCCAGGACAGACAAUUACCAUGUCCGGAUCUGUCACCACAUUGCCAGGAUCAACUAUUAUUCAAACCACUACUCUUCCUGGCGUCACCGUGACAGACAAACAGACUGUUCCAACAACAAUGCCUGGAGCAACCAUUGUCACCACCAUCACUAAGCCAGCAAGUACUAUGACAGCAUCAGGAACCAUUACUACAUUGCCAGGGUCGACUAUCAUACAGACCACCACCCUCCCUGGAUCGCAAUCAGUUGAGACUGUGUCGGUGACCGUCAUCCAUAGUACUACUAUUUUCGAUACAGUAACUUUGCCUGGUCCACCUGCGACCACGACUCAAAACGGCAACACUGUGACAGCUCCUGGAACCACCACGACACUAUCCAUCUGUCCCACCCUCAGCAUCAACCCCACUUACACUCCGGCCGCUCCCCUCCCGAGGAACUACACCUGGGGUUGUCCACCGGGUUACCUGUGCAAGCCCAAACACACAGGCGCCGACGCAGGCUGCAACAUCGAAGCUGGUCUGCCAGCGGAGUCAUAUGUCUGCAGUCCGGACGAGUGUAUUAAGAGCCCACCCUUCAUCCACGAUCAGUACUGGGACACGCCGGUAGAGUCCGAUGAUAUCCGCUCAACCUACAACGUCUCAAAGGACUACUUCAACCUCGACCCUGAGAUCUUCGGUCUGAACUACUCCAUCUUCCGGAUCCCGGAUCUCAAACCAGGCGAUGAACACUACUACAUCCGGUCUUCUCGCCGAUCAUGGAGCAAACUACUUUCCCGGCAGUCGAUUGGAGUCUCCAACGUGCCUGGCGCUUGCUAUGACGAAUGUAACGACGCAGCAUUGGAGGUUCAAUCGACCGGCAAGACACCCCUGAUCUGCAACGCCGGAUCGGCUUUCAACAUCUCCCUGGGCAACUGCGAGAAGUGCUGCAGCGGCCACAAGACAGCCAACUCGGCCAGUUUCGAGCAAAAGGUCCUGCCGAACUUCCAGCAGUUUUUGAACUAUUGUGAGGGUCUAGGGUCGUCGUCGGCUACGACUGCUGCUGCGGACAGAGUCAGUUCGGCAACUAGCGGUAGUCAAGUAUCUACGACAGCAGGAACGACAUCCACGCAGAAAGGCGAUAGUACAUCUCAGACUGAUCCAUCAACAGCACCGACUGCCACUGAUACUACAAGCAUGGCCAGCAAGGGUAACGAUAAAUCAAGUAUAGCGGCAACUGCGACAGCACCAUCCUCGCCGUCUCAACAGACAACUGCACUAGACUCGACCACAGAAUCUAAACCCAUUAGCGCGAGUGAGACCACUACGACUGUCUCCAAUUCUUCAUCCAGGUCAGCGACGGGUACUGCUUCGAGAAUGACCGCACAAAGCUCUUCCACUAGCGACGGCGCUGGUGGAAGCAUAACUAGUUCAACAUCUCACGGAACGACUAGUACACACUCUGGAGCAAGUCCAUCUGCAACUCCGUCACUCUUUACUGGCGCGGCGAGUCGCCAGACAGUGCUAUCUCACUGGAGUAUCUUCGUUCUUGUGUUUGGACUCGUGGGUCUCCAUGUUUGA